AGGGGCUCCUCCAUUCGCUAGUUCAGGUACCGCACAACUGGAGGUCCUUCUUGGUUCGGUCCUUAACCUACUCCGCCUCGCGGAGGAUUCUGGGAAGUGACGUCGCUGGUCUUGGUCGUGGGGCCCGUUUCCGGAGCCCGCGGCGCGGGGAGGACUUUGUUUUUCUCUGAAAGAAAAAAUUGAAGGAAAAAAGAAUGGCUGUUGGACUUUAUAAAGCCAUGUCCCAGGGAUUGGUGACUUUCAGAGAUGUAGCUCUAGACUUUUCCCAAGAGGAGUGGGAAUGGCUGGACCCAUCUCAGAAGGAUCUAUACAGAGAUGUCAUGUUGGAGAACUACAGGAAUUUGGUAUGGCUUGGAAAUGAUCUGAAGUAUUUUAACAGAGUUAGAAGACUCUCCAUUUCUAAGCCCAGCACAAUCUCCUUAUUGGAGCAAGGGAAGGAACCUUGGAUGGUGGAGAGAGAGAUGUCAUAUGAUCAAUGUGCAGACUGGGAGUCUUGGUGUGAAAUCAAGGAAUUAUCUCCAAAAUGGUUUAUUGAUGAAGAUGAAAUAUCCCAAGGGAUAGUAAUGGAAAGAGUUACAUGUCAUGGCCUUGAAUGUUCCACUUUCAGAGAAGCCUGGAAAUAUGAGGGUGACUUUGAGCAGCAUCAGGAAAGUCAGGAGAGGCAUUUCAGGCAAGUGACAACUCUUAAGGAAAUCUCUACUGGGAAGAGAGACAAUGAAUAUAAUAAUUCUGGAAGAAGCUUCCCUCUGAAGUCAGUACCUUUAACACAACAAAAAGUUCCUACAGCAGAGCAAAUACAUAAAUUUGAUGUUUAUGAUAAAAUCUUCCCCCAAAAUACAGUAAUAAUUGAAUAUAAAAGACUCCAUGCUGAGAAGGAAUCUUUAAUAGGUGCUAAAUACGGAGAAUUUCAUCACAGUACACACUUUAGUAAAGAUACAGGAAUUCCUUCUGGUGAGAAGCCUUAUGAAAGUAAUGAUUUUUCAAAUCUCUUAAGUUUCCACUCAUUACUUACUCAACAUCAGACCACUCAUUUUAGAAAAUUACCCAGUGGAUAUGAUGAAUGUAGUGAUGCCUUUAGCUGUUACUCAUUCUUUACUCAACCUCAGAGGAUUCACAGUGGAAAGAAACCAUAUAUAUGCAAUGACUGUGGAAAAGCCUUUAGCCAUGACUUCUUUCUCAGUGAACAUCAGAGAACUCAUGUUGGAGAGAAACCAUAUGAAUGUAAGGAAUGUAACAAAGCCUUCAGACAGAGUGCACACCUUGCUCAACAUCUGAGGAUCCACACUGGAGAGAAACCUUUUGCAUGCAGUGAAUGUGGGAAGGCCUUUAGCCGUUAUGCCUUCCUUGUUGAACAUCAGAGAAUUCACACAGGAGAGAAACCAUAUGAAUGUAAGGAAUGUAACAAAGCCUUCAGACAGAGUGCACAUCUUAAUCAACAUCAGAGGAUUCACACUGGAGAGAAACCCUAUGAAUGUAAUCAGUGUGGAAAAGCCUUCAGUAGACGUAUAGCCCUUACUCUGCAUCAAAGAAUUCACACAGGAGAGAAGCCCUUCAAAUGUAAUGAAUGUGGGAAGACUUUUGGCUAUCGCUCACACCUUAAUCAACAUCAGAGAAUUCAUACUGGAGAAAAACCCUAUGAGUGCAUCAAAUGUGGGAAGUUUUUUAGGACUGACUCACAACUUAAUCGACAUCAUAGAAUUCAUACUGGAGAAAGACCGUUUGAAUGCAGUAAAUGUGGGAAAGCCUUCAGUGAUGCUUUAGUUCUGAUUCACCAUAAGAGAAGUCACGCAGGAGAGAAACCCUAUGAAUGUAACAAAUGUGGAAAGGCCUUCAGUUGUGGCUCAUACCUUAAUCAACAUCAAAGAAUUCAUACUGGAGAGAAACCCUAUGAAUGUAAUGAAUGUGGGAAAGCUUUCCAUCAGAUUUUAUCCCUUAGACUACACCAGAGAAUUCAUAUUGGAGAAAAACCCUAUAAAUGUGAUGAAUGUGGGAGUAAUUUCAGCUGUGCCUCAGCCCUUAGAAGACAUCAGAGAACUCAUAAUAGAGAAACCCUCUGAUCAUAGUAAUUAUAGGUAAGAAAACAUUUAGUCACCACUCAGCCCUUAUUGAAUAUCAGUGAAUUAUUUUUGGUUAGUAAUUCUAUGAAUAUAGCACAUGUGGAAAAGCCUUCAGUUUGUGAGCAGCCAUUACUUAAAAUAGCUUGAGUAGAAGACAGCUAUUACUUUUUAAUCUGUGCUACAACCUACUAACCCCACCCCCAUGCAUACGAUUUUGAUGAAACUUAAUCAGAGACAGAAGUGGAUUACUUACAGGCUGUCUACUUAUUUCUCUCAAUCCAAUAAUUAAUAAAGGAUAGAUGUAUUGCCUACUUGGAAUGAUAGUAUCCUUUGUAUUGUUAUAAGUAGUAAGAAAGAUAUUUCUUUUUUCUUUCUGGAUUGCAAGUUUCACAGAUUUGGUAAGGAUAAAAACUCACUUGCAUUUUUACCACUUGGUGAAGAAACCCUUCCCAAAGAGAAAUCCAACACAGAGGAAAAUGGAGAGGAGAGACAGAAACUUGGUGAUGUUGUUUGGUGUGGAUCCAGUCAUACUUGACAUCUAUACCAUCUUUUACUUUUUCAUGUUUGUGAUCCAAUAAAUAUCCUUGUUUUGCUUAAGUUAGUUUGAGUUAGAUUUUUGCCUCAAGAAUUAGAGUACUGGAGCCAGCAGCUGGCAUAGUGGUUAAAGUGCCAGACUCCCACAUAGCCAACCAUGGUUCAAG